GGUUGUUGCUGCUGCUGCCUCCUCCUGUGAUGGCGUCUGAGCGAGAUGCUCGGCUCGGCCGCCUCCUGUGAGCUCGACGCGGCUCCGUCAAACUCGGGCGGGCGAUGCCCCGCUAAAAUGCUCCGUGCCCCCGCCGGAAAGAAGAAGCACCCCACCGAGGCUCGUGCGCGCACCCUCAACGGCGGCCUUCACGCGUAAAUUGGACCUUUUCGGCCAUUUUGAACCUGUUCAUCAAGUAGCUGGCGAGCUCCGUGCUAGCCGGCUAAACUAAGCUAAGCUAAACUAAAGAUGGGUUAUCUGAAACGGCGAGUAAAGCACCAUAAAGCUCUUUAGUCUUUAUGUGACUGAUUUAUAUUCGCGAGUUUAACCGAAGAAGAUGUGCGGUGCGGUGACGUCACUUUGUUUGACAAACUCGCUAGCUAGGCUAAGCAAGGCUAGCUGUUAGCUCGAGUUGUUGGCGCCGUGCCUUCUGAUGCGGACACAUCGUUGUAUUCAAUCUUGGUUUGUAAUCAUAAUUAAUACAUAUUAAGUAAUUAUAGUAACCCUAGUGUAUGAACGAAACAUGUAUUCGUGUUUAGAUUCUUCAGUAAAUGUCAGCGAAACGUUGGAGAUUGUCGGACGGACGGACGGACGGAGAGGUUACUCGAGUUCACGUGGGCAUCGACGCCAAUCCACCAAAGUGUCGCCGAUCACGCUAACCUCAGUACGAGUACACGGAUUAGCGUCCCGUCCUAGCGCUCUGCCGUGCCCGCCGAUCGGUGGGAGGGCCGCGGCGGCCAUGGCGGUGAAGGAGCGCGUGGAGGCGGUGCUGAACGUGGGCCUGCGCGUGCCCAGUAUCAUGCUGCUGGACGUCCUGUACCGCUGGGACGUGAGCUCCUUCUUCCAGAAGGUUCAGCGAUCCAGCCUGUCCAACAACCCGCUCUUCCAGUACAAGUACCUGGCGCUCUACCUGCACUACGUGGGUUACAUCCUGAGCCUGGUCCUGCUCACACUGCCCCGUCAGCACCUGGUCAAGCUUUACCUCUACGUUCUCACCGCCCUGCUGCUCUUUGCCGGCCACCAGGUGUCCAGGGAUUACGUGCGCAGCGAGCUGGAGUCGGGCCACGAGGGCGCCGUGUACCUGGAGCCGCUCUCCAUGAACAGAUUCGCCACGGCGCUCGUAGGUCAACUGGUGGUGUGCACACUGUGCUCGUGCGUGAUGCAGACCAAGCGCAUCUGGCUGUUCUCGGCCCACCUGCUCCCCUUGGUGGCCCGUCUGUGCCUGGUGCCUCUGGAGACCAUCGUGUUCAUCAACAAGUUCUCCAUGAUCUUCACGGGCCUGGAGGUCAUCUACUUCCUGGCGUCCAACCUGCUGGUGCCCUACAACCUGGCCAAGACGGCGUACCGCGAGCUGGUUCAGGUGGUGGAGGUCUACGGUCUGCUAGCGCUCGGGAUGUCCUUGUGGAACCAGCUGGUCCUGCCUGUCCUCUUCAUGUGCUUCUGGCUGCUGCUCUUCGCCCUGCAGAUCUACUCGUACUUCAGCACCCGAGACCGCCCCGUCUCCAGAGAGAGGCUCCUCUUCCUCUUCCUCACCAGCGUGGCCGAGUGCUGCAGUACGCCGUACUCGCUCUUGGGCCUGGUCUUCACCGUGUCCUUCAUCGCGCUGGGCGUCCUCACGCUCUGCAAGUUCUACCUGCAGGGCUACCGAGCCUUCAUCAACGACAACACCAUGCACAGGGGCGUGACGGAGGGCAUCACCCUGCUGAUCCUGGCCGUCCAGACGGGACUGAUUGAGCUGCAGGUGAUCCACCGAGCCUUCCUCCUGUCCAUCAUCCUCUUCAUCGUGGUGGCCUCCAUCCUGCAGUCCAUGCUGGAGAUCGCCGACCCCAUUGUGCUGGCACUGGGGGCGUCCAGGGACAAGAGUUUGUGGAAGCACUUCCGGGCCGUGUCGCUGUGCCUCUUCCUGCUGGUCUUCCCGGCCUACAUGGCCUACAUGAUCUGCCAGUUCUUCCAGAUGGACUUCUGGCUCCUCAUCAUCAUCUCGUCCUCCGUCCUCACGUCGCUGCAGGUGCUGGGCACGCUGCUGAUCUACGUGCUGUUCAUGGUGGAGGAGUUCCGCAAGGCUCCCGUGGAGAACAUGGACGAAGUCAUCUACUGCGUCAACGGAAUGUACAGGCUGCUGGAGUUCCUGGUGGCGGUGUGCGUGGUGUGCUACGGCGUGUCGGAGACGGUGUUCGGCGAGUGGAGCGUGAUGGGCGGCACCAUCAUCCUGGUGCACUCGUACUACAACGUGUGGCUGCGGGCGCAGUUGGGCUGGCAGAGCUUCCUGCUGCGCCGUGACGCCGUCAACAAGAUCAAGAGCCUCCCCGCCGCCAGCGCCGCGCAGCUGCGACGCUACAACGACAUCUGCGCCAUCUGCUACCAGGACCUGACCAGCGCCGUCAUCACGCCGUGCAGCCAUUUCUUCCACGCAGGCUGUCUGAAGAAGUGGCUGUACGUGCAGGAGACGUGUCCGCUCUGUCACGCUCAACUCAAGAGCCAAUCGGCCGACUCGCCCCCGGCCGAACGCGUGCCCGCGGGACAGGAAGAGGAGAAGGCUGCGGACGACCAAGGAGCUUCAUCUUCUGCGUGCGGCCGGUCGUCGGGGUCCUCCUCUGACCAGACUGACGCGCCCCCCUCGUCUCCCGCCGCGGCUUCCCGUCCGGAAGGAAGCGGCGGCGCGGCGGGCGGAGCCUCGGCCGAACCAGGCGUCCCUUUGGGCGGUCUGGUGUCUCUGAGCCCCGCUCGCAUGUGACAUCGUCGUUACCUCAGAUGACAUCACAGCUGAUGUCGUUGACAUUUGAACGCACUUGUUCCGUGCAGUCCGGUGUCACAGCACACGUCGGAAUUCUUGCGUAGCGGACCGCGAUAGUCCCUAAAAUGUCCACCGGAAAUCCCGACGCGGCGAGUUCGGGGAACCGGCGGUCGCCGCGUUCGCGAUGGUUCGCUCAUCUCCCCAACUCCCCGAUCACCACGUCGGGAUUUUCACAGAAUGACGAAGAAGACGACGAUGCAUGCGUGAGCGCCUGCACGUUUCCACGGUUACCAAAGCAUCUCGAGGAUCUUUCUCCCUCUCUGACGUGCGGCAACCUUUUGCACCGUCGUCAUUUCUACGACAUGUCACUUGACCUUUGCCCCCGGCCCGUAUGACGCGCCCUCGGCCGGUGUGAUCGCUCCGCUGUCCGGAGCGGGAUCGGCGAGACGCGGACGGCGCCCGUUACCUUCACGCAGUGUUAGCGCCGUUCCGAAUGAAUACAUGCGCAAUGAAAAUGUAUGAUGAACGCCGCCAAUCAAAACAUCUUUUCCAAAAAAAAAGAUGAAAUGUCAACUUUGUUUUGCACGAGUUUGUGAGGACUCCACUGGCGAUGGCGGUUUCCACUUUUGAUUAAGAUGAAAAGAUGGGCCAGGUCGUGUGUAACCAGGUCAAAAAAAGAACAGCGGCUCAAAUGUGCACGUAAGAUAUAUGCCAAAAUAAUUGAUGCUCAUUUUAAGUUUCUUCAGGGUUCAUUCCUGGGGCCGCAUGUAACGAUUUCAAUAAUUUUUCAGAUGAAUCGCCGAAAAACAAUAACAUAAAUCCAUCCCUUUAUUGAAAAACAGGACAUUAUUUGAAAUUGAAAGUGCACAAAGUGAUGAUGAUUCACUUCCUGGUUUGGUGCGAACAUCUUUCCAAGGUAAAAGCAGAUGUUUACAAAUGUCUUAUUUUGGAAAAACAAAGACAACCUGCAGCAAAAUAGGUGUCGAUUAAUUUGCUAAGUGAUUAGAGUUGAACCUCUGAUUCUAAUAAUCAACUGUUUAAUAAAAUUGUAAAAUGUGCUACAUGUAUAAAAUUCUUGUUUUAGUUUUGCUUCAGCCGGCUCGGUGGACGACCGGUUAGCACAUCUGCCUCGCAGUUCUGAGGUUGCGGGUUCAAAUCCCGGCCCCGCCUGUGUGGAGUUUGCAUGUUCUCCCCGCGCCUGCGUGGCUUUUCUCCGGGCAAUCCGGUUUCCUCCCACAUCCCGAAAACACGCGUGCUAGGUUGAUUGAAGACGCUGAGUUGCCCGUAGGUGCGAAUGGUUGUUUGUUCCUUUGUGCCCUGCGAUUGACUGGCGACUGGUUCGGGGUUUACCUGGCGUCUCGCCGGAAGAUAGCUGCGAUAGGCUCCAGCAGCCCGCGACCCUAAUGAGGAAGAUAACCAAUAGUUUGAAGGGAAGCGUCCACAAAAAAAACAACCAAGUUGCACCAGCAGCAGUUCGAACGUUUGAUGCAGCAGUGAUUCUUUGGUCUGCCGCUAGAGGGAACCUGCGCACCACACAGAAUCACUGAUCGAAACGAACAAAAAACAAAGUAAAAAAAAAAAAGCAUUUUAAUGCACCUGUUUUAGGAAGUAACGGUUAAGGAGCGAAGUUGUUUAAUCAAAUGAUAUAUUUUCAUUUUUUUAAAUCGUAAUCAUUGUAAAUGUUUACAAUUGUUUCGGUUUUACUUACAAUUUAUUGACCGAAAAUAUUUUCCGUCAUUUGAUGAGACUAAUAAAAGAAAUUUAAAAAAUCAAUAAAUAAUUUGUAUCAAUCAAAUUUCGGGUGGAAAAGCGCCUAAUGGAUGCAACAAAUACUCGAGUGAACAAAGUGAAGCUUCUCGCGUUGGUUGUGUGACGUCACCAGCCUGCACUUUCACAGGUCGGCCGAACGGUGGUGCUCAAGCUCAGCGACACGUGAGUUUUCGAAAUACUUGCAGUUGCAAUUUUAAAUAUUUAUUUAGGCUGCUGUUUCUUUUAAUUUUAAAAUCCAACAUACCCUGGACACUUUGUUUGGUACACAAUGAGGUCACUCGUGCUAGUCCUCCGUUUUGAUUAGUUUUGACACUGUCGAGAGUUAAUGUACAAAUACCUCAUGCUGGUGCUUACAGUUUGGUGGAGAGUUUUCAUAUUUUGAGCUUCGUAUAAUUGAACAAGCUCCCUGAAAUGUUUGUAUUGGUGUACCUAAUGACGUGUCCAGAGCGUGUGCGUGUCUUCAUCUACGAUGAACACAUGUUGGAAUCAACGACAAAAAUAAUUAGUCACACAACGGACCUGUCAGUCAAAUGUUGAAUUCUGACCAAGACGUUUUCGUUGUUGUUUGUCAACAGUUUGCGCAUGCGGGUUCGGUCUUGGAGUGAGCGCGGAGGUAAGGCAAACUCCAAACCGCCGCGCGCGUCUGCCUCCACUGCUUCGGAAGACCUGCAGCCGUCGGAUGGAUGGAGAGUUUGGAGACCUUAACACAGUUAGGCUCGCAAUACAUAUAUAUCAGAAUCAUCUGUAUUUGCCAAGUAUGUCCAAAAACACACACGGAAUUUGUCUCCGGUCGUUGGAGCCGCUCUAGUACGACAACAGACGGUCAAUUGACAGAGAACACUUUGGAGACGGAAAGACAUUGACAAAAAAAAAAAAAAAACAGUCACUGAGCAGUAAAGGGUUCCUAGUUAUCUGCUAAUGCCGGUACAUUAUUAUUAUUAUUA